ACCCACUCCGUCGUCGCUACUGCUUCAGCCUUCAGCUGUUAAUGACAGCUAUUCUCUGAACUUACUGAGCCAGCCACCUCUCUCUCUCCACCGCAACAACACUGAGUUCAUAGUCAACUAAAUGUAUUUUAUAUAAUACAAACCCAUUAGACUUGCCUGGCAAAAACAUGAUUUUCUUUCUCUGCAUGUGAGAAAGCAAAAGAAUAGAUUAAGAGUGUGUUGGAGAAGACAUAAUUGACAAAGAUGAUGAUUGGCCGCAGAGAGGGUGCUUUGAUGAGAAACAGCAAUACAGCACAUUCAUUGCGCAAAUCGAGAAUCGCAAUUGCCAUAGCUAUUGGGAUAUUCCUCGGAUGUGUCUUCGCCUUCUUUUUUCCUCAUGGAAUGUUCUUCUCUAUUUCUCAAUUUCGUUCUCGCCAUCUCUCCAAUUCAAUUUCCAAGGUGGUAUCAAAACCAUGUGAAUCAUCUGAGAGGCUGAAUAUGUUGAAAUCGGAAUUUGCAGCAGCAUCAGAUAAAAAUCUUGAGUUAAGGAAACAGGUUAAGGAGCUAACUGAAAAGCUCAGAUUAGCUGAACAAGGGAAAGAUCAAGCAGAAAAGCAAGUUGUGGUAUUGGGUGAGCAACAUAAAGCUGGGCCUUUUGGUACUGUUAAGGGUUUAAGAACGAACCCAACAGUCAUCCCAGAUGAUUCUGUUAAUCCAAGAUUAACAGAGAUAUUAGAGAAAGUUGCUGUUCAGAGAGAAAUUAUAGUUGCUUUAGCAAAUUCCAAUGUUAGAGAAAUGUUGGAGGUUUGGUUUAAUAGUAUUAAGAAAGUGGGUAUACCUAAUUAUUUAGUUGUUGCUUUGGAUGAUUCAAUUGCAAAUUUGUGCGAGUCAAAUGAUGUUCCAGUGUAUAAGAGAGAUCCAGAUGAGGGGAUUGAUUCUGUAGGAAAGAGAGGAGGUAACCAUGAAGUUUCAGGGUUGAAAUUUCGUAUAUUAAGGGAGUUCUUGCAACUGGGAUAUAGUGUUCUUCUCUCAGAUGUUGAUAUUGUAUAUUUGCAAAACCCUUUCAAUUACCUUUAUCGGGAUUCUGAUGUCGAGUCCAUGACUGAUGGGCACAACAAUGCAACUGCUUAUGGUUAUGAUGAUGUAUUUGAUGAGCCUGCUAUGGGAUGGGCUCGAUAUGCUCAUACAAUGAGGAUAUGGGUUUUUAACUCUGGCUUUUUCUACAUUAGACCUACAAUUCCUUCAAUUGAGCUUUUGGAUCGUGUGGCCAAUCGGCUUUCUCAUGAGAAGGCAUGGGACCAAGCAGUUUUUAAUGAGGAACUCUUUUUCCCUUCACGUCCUGGUUAUGAUGGACUUCAUGCUUCAAGGAGAACUAUGGAUUUCUAUCUCUUCAUGAACAGCAAAGUUCUUUUCAAGAUCAUAAGGAAAGAUGCUAACUUAAGCAAGCUCAAGCCUGUAAUUAUUCAUGUAAAUUACCAUCCUGAUAAGCUUCCACGAAUGAAGGCGAUUGUUGAAUUUUAUGUUAAUGGCCACCAAGAUGCACUGAAACCUUUCCCGGAUGGAUCAGACUGGUAAAUUUAUUUCUGCUUAUUUUCUGGUAGGCUCCUCUUUCCUGCUUAAUUGCUUCAAAUAUGUUGUAGACUUAAUAGUGAGCGGUCCAGCACAAAUGGUAAGGCCAAGAUGAAAUGACCUUCGGAGACAAAUUUGAGCUAUUUUUCUAUAAACAGAUGUUCUCUGUCAAAUGAUCUGUUAAAAAUUUAGUUCUUCGGCAAAGAUAGAGUUGAUGUCAGUGUAUCUGUUCAUGUUCAGAACUUCAGAUUAGUUUUUUAAUCAUUUACAACUCAAUGUUCUUUGAGAGAGGUUUUGACUGUUUGCCAGGGUAAAGAGAAUUGUGCUUUCUAUAUUUCUUUCUUUCUUCUUUUUUUUUUCCUUUAACCUCUCAAUCUUAGCUUGCUAGUUGCUUUUUCAAUUUUCCUUUACUUUUAUGUGUCAGCCUUGUUCAAGUCAUAGAGGAAAUGCAAGGACAUUUUGCAAUAGCCUUUUAAUGUGUAGUGCUUGUUGAAUGUCAAAUGAAAUUACUAUCACCAUUUUUGUUUUA